AUGGCUACAAUUGUGGACGUCGCAUACACUCCUAAGGUCGUACCUGGUGGAUGGACGCCCAGUGCCCCUUCUUCUUCCAAGAUACAAGUGGGAGAAGCGAAACCCCUCUUCCCGGCUGGUCUUUCAUACCUUUCUCACGUGCGCCGACAGAAGGAGAACCUUACGUUUGAGCAGCUGGAUAAGAUUCAUGCGGAGGAGGCAGCCAGACAUGCAGAACUCAAUGCAGAUGAUGCCGAAGAGGAGCAGUACAGAGGUAUUGCGGAGGAAGAGGAAAGCGAAGACUUGUUGAUGCGCGAUCCCAAAGACUGGAAGAAUCAAGACCACUAUGCGGUGCUUGGGUUGUCGCAUCUGAGGUACAAGGCUACACAAGACCAGAUCAAAAUUGCCAACAGGAGGAAGGUACUCAAGCAUCACCCCGACAAGAAGUCUGGACUUCCUGGCCACAGCUCCAACGAUGAUGCAUUCUUCAAGUGUAUUGCCAAAGCCUUUGAAAUCCUCUCUCAUCCCGAGAAAAGACGCCAAUUCGACUCGUGCGACCCACAUUUUUUGUCGUUAGAAGAUGAGGUUCCGAGUGUUGCUGAUAUGGCUAAGCGCAAGCCAGAGGACUUCUUUAAAGAGUUCGGUCCUAUCUUUGAACGCGAAGCCCGCUUCUCUAAAAAUGAGCCAGUUCCUAUGCUUGGCGCGAUAGAUGCGACGAAGGAUGAAGUCGAGGGCUUCUACAACUUUUGGUACAACUUUGACUCGUGGAGGAGUUUCGAGUACAUGGACAAGGAGGUCAACGAAGGAUCCGACAACCGCGACGAAAAACGCUACGCUGAAAAGAAGAACCGUGCUGAGCGGGCCAGGCGUAAAAAGGAUGACAAUGCGCGAGUGCGGACGUUGGUGGACACAGCGAUGCAAAUCGACCCCCGCCUGAAGCGUAUUAAGCAAGAAGAAAAGGAAGCGCGUGAGGCGAAGAAGCGUGCCAAGUCGGGUCAGCCGGCUGGUCCUACCGCAGAAGAGAAGAAAAAGGCCGAAGAAGAAGAGAAGAGAAAGGCUGAAGAGGCCAAGGCCAAAGAAGAGGCGGAGAAGGCAGAUGCUAAGAAGGCGAAGGCUGCUGCUGCGAAUGCGGCCAAGAAGGCGCGUCGUGCGGCGAGGGCUGCCGAGGGUGGUGCUGCUCCAUCCUGA